AUGGUGCCACCUUUCACCUCUGUGGGGGAUGCUGCUGGCUCCAGCACAACUUUUACAGAGACCAAGCAGAGUUGGCAGCUUGUGUCCAGCACUCCAGCAGGGCAGCCCCUGUUUUCCCUCCAGUUAUCCUCACCCUCCUGCCUUGCUGGGUCCAUCUGCUGCUUGCAGGGUGUCCGCAUUCCCACCCUUGGCUCCUUUGACACCAUCCCUGAACAAGUCCGGGUUCAGGCCAGUGACCUGACGGUGCAGCGCCCUGUCUUCCGCCUGGCCAGGAACCUUGCUGAUGCCCACCAGCUGACGGAGGACAAGGCGUAUGUGCCAGGUGACAAACUUCUGGAACCCCUGCGGUAUGCUCAGAUAGCUGCAGCCACCUUUGUGUCUGCAAAAAGAGUGGUGGGGUGCAUCCAGGCCACCAUGUCCCUCUUCUCCCGCUGCAUCCGGAAGGGAAAGAAUGUUGCGCUUAUCCUGAAGGACAUUGGCAUGCUCCUCGUUGACAGCACACGAGUGCAAAUGAAAUACUACCGUGACUUUCUGGAAAUGAUGACGGGGAAGGACACUCUGAAAGAAGCUCUGUUGAGGGUCCCAGGGAUGCGGGACUUGGUGAUCCCUCGCACAGCAACCGCAGCAUCCCUGACCUGCUCUGGGCACGUCAUCAUCUUUCCAGAGUUUGAACUGGAGAGUGUCCAUGGCACACCGCUCAAGGACCACAACAGCCCAGGAAAGCUCCUCAAUGAAGGCAGGCAAAAGAAAGCUGUGCUUUUGCGACCUCCCAGGCAGGAUGAAAAAGGUAACGUAGCAGCUAGUGUCUUGCCAUAGCAUGGGGAACCAUCUGUUCCCAUCUAAUGAAGCAAACCCUGGUGCUGGUUGCAGAAAGGCUCCUAACUGGUGCCAACACAUUGUGCCCUGGGUAUACGGGGGAGCAAAGCCUGGAGACUGGCUCCCUCAGAGAGAAACAACCUCCACCAAAAGAGACUCCAACAGGCCACCAGCACUCAGCUGGGAGCACAGAUGUGGGUAACAGCUCCAGGAGAAAGGUUGGUAGCAAAGGGGAGGCCCCAGGGCUCCCAGAGCUCAUGACUGCCUAACAAGCAGAACAGCACUCCUUCCUGUCCCAGGGCAGGCAGUGGCUUGGCCACGCACUCCUGACAAGUUUUCUGCUCUCCAACACCAGGGACCCAGCCUGAAACGCACCUCCUUGGCCAUGAGGGCCUUUCUCCAGCCAGGAGAAAGACGAAGGGAGUGAUGGGGCAGACCUGCGUGCCUCUGGGCAGGUGAGGCUUAUGCCAAAAGGCAGGUGGGACACCAGGGCUCGUGCCUGCGUGAGAGCUGUUUCCCUGAGUGCUGGAGCUGGCUUCCCUCUGGCACGCCACUGUUGUAAUGUGUGAAGGCAAUUGUGUGCAGGCCAGCUUCUUGGAUCUCCACUGUGAAAUAAAAAGGCAUCUUCAUCCCACAUGGCUGACUUCUUGCUGACUUUGCUUUUCAUGCUAGUCCAACUAGUCCAUGUCCUUCCACUUUGAUAGCCCAGGGUCAUCUUUAUGCCACCAGCAAGUGCCAGUCAGGGAUUCCUGCUGCCUCAUGGCCAGGCAGGGAAGUGUUGCAGGAGGUGAGGGGUGGGCAUGACCCACAGGGACUCCUGCUGGUGCCUGCACCCAGCCCUGUGGCACCCUCCAGCACCAGCUGAUGUGGCAGCCCCAUUCCCAGGUCCCUGGCCUUGUCCUCUCCUGCCCCUUACAGCUUGAACGCUUGCCUGCACCCUCCCCAGAAGAUAAUCACUUCCAUGGCACCACGCCUGCAGUGUUACUGAUGGCCAGCAAGGCUACUGCUACUAUACCUAGCACUCCAGUGGAAUAUUUUCUGGGUACGAGAAGCCACCUUUGUUACAACAAAAGCAAAGGGCAAGGUAAGCUGGCUCUCAGAUCAAUGUUGCAUUGCUGCUGGUUGCAGCUGCAGGCUUCCUGUUAGGGAGGCUUCUGUCUUUUUGUAAGAAACAGCUACAAGAACAGGGGUUGUACAAAUCUGAUUGUUUUACAGUCAGAUCCGUGGGCUCUGAGGUUGUUUUCAGCUUUUUCAACGGUGCUCUCACACUCUAGCAGGCACUAGGACCUGCCUGAUUCCUUUACUUCCAAGCCUGCAGGGAGGGAAUUAAUAUAGCCCAGCCAGCUGGAUGAAGGACAGCAAGGCUGGAACAUGUUGCUGCUGGAGGCGAACUG